AUGGCGGAUGUCGCAGAUACCGCGGCCCAAAGUCCAGGGAAUACUGAACAAAAACCUAUCAAAGUAAAAUGGUAUCGAUCAGUCUUUUAUAAUGCUACAAUCCUUGGGCUCUGCAGCUUUGCUGCACCGGGGUUAUGGGGAGCGAUGAACUCUCUCGGAGCUGGCGGUUCCCAAUCGCCUUACCUCGUUAACACUGGGAAUGCGCUCACGUUCUGUCUUAUGAUAAUAUCUUGUUGGUUGACCAGUGGUGUUGUCAAGUAUAUCGGUAUCACCGGUGCCCUAUUUGUUGGCACCAUUGGUUAUGCCCCGUAUAGUGCCGGACUAUAUCUGAAUAACCGCUAUGGUGUCGAAUGGCUGGUUAUUGUUGGGGCUGCCUUCUGUGGAAUAUCAGCCGGAAUUUUCUGGGCGGCAGAAGCAGCCAUCGCAAUUUCUUAUCCUGAGCCGCGCAAUCGAGGGAGAAUGGUCGCCUAUUGGUUAACGUGGACUCGAAUUGGACAGAUCUUGGGAGGAGCUGUGAAUCUAGGGCUUAAUAUAGAUCGCAACCAGGCUGGAAAAGUCUCUUAUACGGUAUACAUCAUAUUCAUUGCCCUUCAGGCAAGUGGGACGCUGGUUGCUCUACUCCUUAAUCGGCCAUCGAAGGUCCAACGUCGGGAUGGUACUCCUGUCCAACUUGUCAUAUACGACAAUCCCUGGCAAGAAAUCAAGACCACGACAAGAACCUUUUUCACCAGAAAAUUUCUCUUGAUUGUUCUAUGGAUAGGUCAAGGGGUCUACUCAGAGGCCGUCUUCUUCACUUAUAACGCUCUAUGGUUUAGCGUGCGCGCAAGAGCUCUUGGGUCAUUCCUAUCCGGAAUUAUAGCAGUUAUAUGCGGAAAUCUCCUCGGAGUAUGGCUAGACCAGCACCAAAUCUCUCUUAAGACAAGGUCCCGCCGCGCUUUCGCAGUUAUCAUGACGUUACAAGGUGCUUGGUGGUUGUGGCUCACGAUCAAUGUUACGGAGUAUAAUCGGACCCAACCUAUUUUCGACUGGAACGAUCCCGGAUUUGGAAGGGCAUUUGGCGUUUUCAUCUUCCUCGUUUCUGGCUUCCAGCUUAACUAUAAUUUCUCAUACUUCAUUAUUGGUCAACUAUCGUCUAGUCCGCAAGAAACAAUUCGUCUUGCGGCGUUACUGCGUGGAACGGAAUCGGCUUGGCAAGCUGUCAGCUACGGAUUAAAUGCAGUCCCUAUAAUUGCAGCCAUUGGCGGCCCCUAUAUAAACUUUGGUUUAUGGGGUAUUUCCAUAAUACCGGCUUGGCUGGUGAUCAAAGAUUUUGGUACCGCUGGCGAUAAAUCUGACUUGGAGAGUCACCUUGAGAUUCAGGGGGAAGAUCUACGAAAAGAUGAAGGAUCAAACUAA